AUGGAUGAUAAUGGAAGGGAGUUCUUUGUAGGUUGGGAGUCGAAGGCUAUUGGUCUACGUGUCGACAAUAUUUCGAGUACGUGGGUGUUGGACGAGAAGCUGGCUGAACUGUAUCAUCAGCACACAGCUUAUGAACAUCAUCUGCGUCCGAGAGUAGCGGCGGCCUACGGAACUUUCAGCUGCCAUGAGUUGAACGAUCCAUCAUGUGAAGCGAUAAUCAAGGUUUUCAUGCACUCCGCCCCAAAGCUGCUACACGUGAAGAAAGAUGAACAGGAUCACACGGGCCCAGUUCCGGGCGGUUUGCUCCUUUAUCUCCUGAUCCAACGCCCCCCAGGAAAGUAUUUGAACCAAGAGAUCUUCUGGAGUAUGGACAGACAGGGUAGAAACAUGGUCCGUGUCGCCUUCAAGCAGGCGUGGUUGGACUGCGUUGGCGCUGGGUUCAAGCCAGCCAUGUCAGCCACCGAGAAUCUCAUCUGGGAUGAUGAUAACAGCAAGAUGUGA